AGCGCAGGAGGGGGAGGGGGAGGAACCGUCACCACGGGCGCCUCCGGCACUGUCUGCGGCUCUUCCAAAGCCCUGCCCGUUGAGGCGGGCCCUGGAAGACGAGCCACAGCUUGGGGAGAGAAGAAAGUGCCGCCGGCCGAUGGGCUGGCAGGGUUGAAGCCGCCCAGGGUGGUGUACACGGCGGGGGGCUCCUGCCUGGCUGGAGGGCAGCACGGCCCUCCCGGGUGUUGAGUAGGUGAGAGAGGCGCUGGUGGCACCCCGAGCAGCUGGUUCUGCUUGUGCAAGUCGGCCAGAGCCUUCACGAACCCAUCGGCGAAGCCCUCCUGCUCCUGCGUCACCGCUUGCUGUUGGGCUGAGUGCUGCGGGGACCGAAACAAGAAAGAACCCCCGGCUGCUGCUGCUACCGACACCGAGGGCCCUCCGCCGGUGGGGCUGGCCGGACCGGCAAGGCCCGGGCUACCCGCUUGGAUAAGCAGUUGUUCAAGAUCGGCGGCCGCCGGCAGCUUCAGCAAAGGCUGCAACACGCCUGAGCCCACCUCUGGGCCGCCGCCGGGCGCCUCCUGAAUGAGGCGGUGCACGGCGUUGCUGGUGCCACCCCGAGGGCGCAGCGAGGAGAAGGGACUUGCCGGUGGCAAGGCGACGCUGGGAGAAGCCACCGCUACCAAGUCCCGCUGCUGCUUCUUCCCGGCGAGGAGCAGCUUGUGCUGCUGGUCCGCCCCGCUUUCUUCAGCAGGUUCAAGCCCCGAAGGUCCCCCUGCGCCGGGCCCGCCCCCGAAGCCCGGCAGUUGCACGAAGUCAGGGAGUAGCUCCAGCCCUUCCUCGCCGUAGAAGGGGGCCACCUCCAUUUUCACAGCCACGCGGGCGCCCGUGCGCCCGCCGCCGCUGCUCAUGCUGGGUGGGACAGCAAGCGGCCCCGGAGCCCACGUCGCUGCUGGUGCUGCUGCUGCCGCCGCCACUAACUGAGACUUCUUUGCUUCCAGCAAGGGGCAAGUGGCGAUGCAGGCUUGUCCGUGUCCGCCGCUUCAAACCCGUCGGCAGCAGAGUUUCACGGGUGGCGGCCGGCUCCCCAUCUCCUGCCCCGGGGCAGCCGCCCAGGGCUCGCCGCUUUCGACUUGUGGCAUUUUCGGGAAGAAAACUCUUUCUCCCUUCCAGCCAGAGGAACUGAUGUCAAAACGCCUCGCCUUAGUAGUUCCUGCCGCUCCGCCUUUCCUGGCUGGGGCCGCCGCGGCCACACUGCCCUCUAGCUCCGGCGCAGCCGAGGCGGGCGGAACGACAAAGCGGCAUUUGGCUGGCUCUUCUGCUGUUCUUGCCCUCCUUUUUGUUUACAGGAGACGAACAUAAACAAAAUAAAAGGAAAGAGGGCGCCACUGCUCCAUAGAUUGUGGGAUGAACUAUUUCAAAUAAGUAGAGGCCACUCUUGAUGCGCAAGCUCGACUUUCGACCCAUGCCAUUUGAAGAAGGCAACCAGCCACUGCUCGGGCGCACGUACGCUUACAGGCGCAGGGAGCCAAAGUAGGGACGUUAAAAUCUGACUUGCUGCUCCUAUUGGCCGCUCUAAGUUAGAGACGCACCCGCACCCAAACAUUGCGAGGCGUGACCAAAAGCCAAAGAGCGAUGCGGAGUUCUCGCGAGAGUUGGACUGAAGCUGGCACCGCCAUGUUGAGGUAGGGAGAGGCCACAUCCAGCUUAUGCCGUUCUUCGGGGUUUUUUAUUUUAAAAAAGGGACGCGAAGACCUCACGGAGGUAUUUAGAGCCACGCAGGUUUUUAACUGUGUUUUCGACCUCGCGAAAAAUUACAGUGGUGGCGGAGAGGCGGCAACGAGAGGAUGGUGCAGUCCUGCUCUGCCUACCGUUGCCGAAAUCGAUACGACAAAGAGAAGCCCGUCUCUUUUCACAAGUUUCCCCUCACAAGACCUGAUCUCUGUAAGAAAUGGGAAGCUGCUGUUAGAAGAAAAAAUUUCAAACCAACAAAAUAUAGCAGCAUUUGUUCUGAACAUUUUACUCCAGAUUGCUUCAAAAGGGAAUGCAACAACAAACUACUAAAAGACAAUGCUGUGCCGACAAUAUUUUGCCAUACAGAACCAAAUGUGAAGUCUGAAGGCACUCAAGAACCACUUGAAGUACCAUCUCCCCCUUCUCCUUCACCUCCACCUCUGCUACAAACCGAUCCAAGACUAGUAGACCCAAGCAUUGGAUUAUUAAUGCCUCCGCUUCAUACUCCCAAUAAUAUUGCUGUUUUUUGUGAUCACAACUAUACUGUAGAAGAUACAGUACAUCAGAGAAAAAGAAUUCAGCAGCUGGAAGAGCAGGUGGAUAAGCUGAGGAAGAAGCUUAAGACUGCACAGCAGCGAUGUAGGCGUCAGGAGAAACAGAUUGAAAAACUGCGAGAGCUUGUUCAGUUUCAGAAGGAAAAAGACAUGUUGUCUGGCAAAGGUGGCUAUGUGAUACUACCUAAUGACUAUUUUGAAAUUGUAGAAGUACCUGCCUAGGAGGCUUCAUCUAUAUUUAUGGGGUACUGGCAAAUUUAGCCUCAUCAGACUAAGUCAGAAGUUCAGUUUAAAAAUGCAAUGGCUUUCUAGUUCUGUGUAGAAGAUACUUCAGCCCUUGAAAAUAAUAAUAAAAAAU